UAGCUUCUAUCCUCAGUCCCCGAGCGCGUACACACACGUUAGCAUUAGCUGUCUGCUGGGUUCGCUGUGUACCGUACAGGGUGUGUAAUUUCACUGUGUGCUUAGUAGUUAAUUUGCGCAAUAUGUCUGCAAACGGAUCCGGGGAAGACUCCACAGACGCAAGGAGAGGCGAUGGACAAGAGUCGGAGAUUUCUUUGUCUGCCUCUGCCCACAUGGAAGUGGAUGCCAAGCCCAGCUCCCACAGCUUCAGAUACAGCCUUGAUUUCCCCAGCAUCGGCCAGUGUGUCAUCAUCAACAACAAGAACUUUGACAGAAGAACGGGCAUGAAUCAACGAAAUGGGACGGAUGUAGAUGCAGCCAACGCGAUGAAAGUGUUUACCAAGCUGGGCUAUAAAGUGAAGAUUUACAAUGACCAGACAGUCGAGCAGAUGAAACAGGUUUUAACUUCUGUGUCAAAGGAAGAUCACAGCUGCUACGCUUCGUUCGUCUGCGUUCUUUUGAGUCAUGGAGAUGAGGGUGUCUUCUUUGGUACGGAUGGCUCAAUAGAACUUAGGUACCUAACAUCACUGUUUCGAGGUGAUCGCUGCACGUCGCUGGUGGGAAAGCCCAAACUUUUCUUCAUCCAGGCUUGCAGAGGCACUGAUCUGGAUGCCGGCAUUGAAGCCGACAGUGGAGAAGAUGGCACCACCAAGAUCCCCGUGGAAGCUGACUUCCUCUAUGCUUUCUCCACAGCCCCAGGCUACUACUCAUGGAGGAAUACUAUGACCGGGUCCUGGUUCAUGCAGUCUCUGUGCGACCUGCUCGGCAAAUAUGGCAAAGAAUUGGAGCUCCUGCACAUCAUGACACGAGUGAACCACAAGGUGGCAGUAGAGUUCGAGUCCGUCUCCAAUGCACCAGGCUUUAAUGCCAAGAAACAAAUCCCGUGCAUAGUGUCAAUGCUGACCAAAGAGAUGUAUUUUUCCCCUUGAUGUCACCUCUGCAGAAGGCUUCAGCCUCGCCAGCCUUCACCUGCAGGAGAAAGGCUUGAGGACGUGUGUGAGGUGGAGUUUACACUUUGUGACUGAACAUGUCUUGAAACCUCAGCUUACAUAUUUCUGGGAGGGUAGAUGUGAUGCUAAGCGCACAUUUCACACACUUGGUAUUUUAGGGUUCUUUUUGUGUGGAGUACAGUUCAGAAGGCAUUAAAAGGAAAACUAUUUUGUAUUCACUUUUAAACAAAAAAAACAAACAAAUCAUGACUCUAAAGCUAAAAUGUAAUUGGCCUUGUCAUUCCAUUCUCACAAUUUGCUACCAGCACAUGACUCUUUGCUGUUUACACUCUGUACAUUUCAGGGAAAAAUAUUGGGAGCCAGUUUGAUAAGAAGUGUGACCUAUAUAUGUGUUUAAUCAUGAAACCACAGACGGGCCUCCUGCACUCAAGCAGCAGCGUUUUUAUGAGUCAGCUGUUUAUUUUAACUUGGCGGUCUAAGCGAGACGAAGGGAUCACGUUUAAUUUCUGUGCCUCUUCUUUUUUUCUUUUUUUUUUUUACAUCCUUGUUGUCGUUUUGAGCCAAUGCAGUGACACAAGGUUUGCAUUGACUGGAUUAGUCUCUGAUGAGUUGUGUGAAGCCUAAACAUGCAAGGCUCCCACUCAGCGUCACAUUAACUGAUAACGUGUAGCAAAUUCAGGAGCAUCCAUUAAGAUGUUUCUUUGUUGGUUUUCAAGCUCAGAACUUAUUUUUUAUGUCUUUCAUAUGUUUCUUAUCUAAAUAUGGAAUAUUAGAAAAAUGAACUGUUGCCUGGAACUCGGUUGGGGGUUCGGAUUCAUAGCAUGCAUGAGUAAAGCCAGCACAUUUGCACGAUGCUGUUAUUAGAGGCACGUUUUGAUGAGUGACAGCUUUACAUUUCAUUUUUUGCAGUUCAUGUAUUUCUUGUAGUUUUUAAAAAUAAAAUGGUGCAUUGGA